UGCGACAGUGCCUGUGUAAGUGGCGGUAUAGCGUUCAAUAAAAUAAGAACAUUAUGCAGAUGUCAACAGCACCUUUAAUACAAAAUUAUCUUAUUCCCUAAAAUGAAGAUGGUUCCAAAAUGUGGGGAUCUAGUUGCAAUUGCCAUACUAACUGUGAUAUUUUUUAAACAUUUUAAUGAAGUACGUGGCCAAAGAGAUAAUUUGAAACAAUUUCAAAAAAUUAUUAGAGAUACUGCUGAGGGAAAAAUGGGAAAUUUCAUCAUCAAAUAUCCUCAAAGAAAACCUAACGUUAGACAUCAGCCAUACAUUUCAAACUUAGUACCAUUUCCUUGCUCCAACGUCACUAGAUAUGGCCUUGGACGAUCCCGUUUUGUACCAACAAGCGUUCACCAACUACUACCUGGAGAUAUAGACAUUAUAGGAGCACUGGGGAUUCUUUGGUAGCGGGAAAUGGCGCAAUGGAAGAAUACGCUUUGGGACGCUUAUUGAGCAUAGAGGAGUUUCAUGGUGUGCAGG